AUGGCAAACGGAUAUACCCGCUGCCCAUUUACCUAUGGAUUGUUUCUUGGAACCACUGCAUUAUUUCUCUAUUUAGGUCGUCGUCAAAAAACAAAGAAGACUGAUCUUCCAACUUGCGAUGUGGUUUUCGUCUUGGGAGGUCCUGGGGCAGGAAAGGGAACUCAAUGUCAGUUGGUGCAGGAACGUCUUGAUGGCUGGGUUCAUCUGAGUGCUGGAGACUUGCUUCGUGCAGAGAGAAACUAUGGUGGAAAGCUAUGCGACUUGAUCAAUUCCAAAAUUGCUGCAGGAGAGCUCGUCCCUUCAGAGAUUACCUGUAAAUGUCUAGAAAACGGCAUGGCCAGAGCUUUCGAGCAAUCAGGAGUCACAAAGUUUUUGGUUGAUGGUUUCCCCCGCAGCCAUGGGAACAUGACUGCAUGGGCAGGUACUUUGGCGAAGCAUAACAUAAAAUUUGUACUAAGUUUUGACUGCCCUGAAUCUGUAUUGGAAGGCAGACUUUUAGAACGUGGCAAGAGCUCCGGAAGGUCUGAUGACAACAUUGAUACAAUCCGAAAGCGAUUCCAGACACAUAAGGCCGAGUCUUUGCCAAUCAUUCAAUACUUUGAAAACAACGGAACUACCGUUCACACGAUCGAAAGCGACAAGGGAGUUGAACAAGUCUAUGAAAAGGUUGUGGCUCUAUUUUAG